AUGGAUAGUGAGUCUCCCUAUUCUUCCAUGGUUAAUGAAUUCGUAAAUUGGCAGGUAAAGUAUGGAAUUAAAUAUGCAAAUAGUACUGAGACGGUGAAACGCUUUGCUAUAUUCAAAGAAAAUUUUGAAUUCGUUGAAAAUUUUAAUAAAGGGAAUGAUACUUACACGGUUGGCUUAGAUCAAUAUUCUGAUUUGACUGAUGAAGAGUUUUACUCUUUAUAUGGUGAGUCUCCAAAUGUAUCAAAUGACAUUUCUUCCUUCGAAGUUAGGUCAAAUACCAAUACAGUAAUCUUCAACUUGACUGAUGAUAUUCCAAAGAAUUUAGAUUGGAGAGAUCACGGAGCGGUCACCGAUGUUAAAGAUCAAAAAUUAUGUGGAGCUUGUUGGGCUUUUUCAGCUGUAGCAGCUGUAGAAAGUAUUUGGAAAAUAAAAAAGGGCUUUCUGCUCACAUUAUCAGAGCAACAACUAAUUGACUGUGAUUCAAGAAGUCACGGUUGUGAUGGUGGUCAUCCUGAUCAAGGCUUGCGUCAUAUAGUAGAAAGCGAUGGUAUUCUCGAAGACGAGGAUUAUCCAUAUAGAGGAUACCACGAUGAAGACGGCAGCUGUGAUUUACGCGACCAGAACGCGCCUGAGGUUGAUAUAAAUUCUAUCACAUAUGUACAAAGACUUGAUGAACGUCAAUUAUUACGGGCCGUGGCACAACAGCCAGUAUCAGUUGAGAUCGCUAAUGGCGGCAAACAUUUUAGAAAAUACAAGAAUGGGAUAUAUCGUGGACCAUGUGCUCUCCAUCCUUCCCAUGCGGUUACUAUAGUUGGUUACGGUGAAGAACAUGGAGUGAAAUAUUGGUUGUAUAAGAAUUCUUAUGGUACAAAAUGGGGUGAUAAGGGCUACAUGAAGAUAAUAAGAGAAGCUGGAGAAGCUGCUGGUCAUUGUAGCAUUGCUCUAAAUCCUGUUUACCCAACUAUAUAA